AUGUCUCUCCCUAAUGAAGCCCUGCAAAAGCUCCUCCAAGAACUUGAAAACCGUAUAGUCACCUCCCAACAACAGAUCGGAAUCGCCAAGGCCCAAGUGACCACAAAACAGAAGGCUAUCAGACUGCUAGACUUGACAUCCAAUGAGAUGAGCUCAUUGCCUAAGGACACGCCUGUCUAUGAAGGUGUAGGGAAGAUGUUCGUGGGUGUCCCAAUGUCGACGGUUGAUAAACGCUUGGUGGCCGAGAAGGCGGAACUCAAGUCGGAUGUGUCGGGGUUGGAGAAAAAGUUGAGUUCGCUGGAGAUGACGCAUAAGAACAGUAUGGAGCAUUAUGAGCGGUUUGUGAAGUCCGGUGGUAAGGCUUGA